GGUGGCUACAGUUCACCAGUGUCGUUCUGUCUCUCGAAAAAUAUACAUUUCCACUCGCAAAAAUUCGGACAAUGAGGAACACACUGAUUUUCUUGGCUCUUUUAAUAUCAUCAACUAUUGCCCAAAACAGAGUGGUUAGAGCUAGGUUAGGUAAUCUGGGAAUACCUCAAAACAUAGAAUUACCAAACUUAGGUUUCGCACAAGGAUUUUUACCCUCAUCGUUGGCAAAUGCUAAACAUGUAAAUAUUAAAAUAAGUAAAACAAAACCUGGAGGAUUUGGCGCAGUUAACGGAAAUGCUGGAAUUAGUGAAGCUAGAGAAAAUAUUGGAUUUGCUGCAAGAGGUGGAUUCUCUGAUAAUUCUGGUGCCAAUAAUAAUGGAAUUAGAGGAGGAUUUGAUCUUUCCUUCAAUGGAGGUAGUACCGCAAGUGCAGGCAAUUCAGCGUUUGGGGUAGCAGCGCAGAACAAACCCGCUAACAAUGCAGGUGCGGAAUCCAAUUCUGGUGCCAAUAAUAAUGGAAUUAGAGGAGGAUUCGGUUUUUCCUCCAAUGGAGGCAGUACUGGAAGUGCAGGCAGUACAGCGUUUGCAGGUAUUAGAGGAGGAUUUGAUCUUUCCUCCAAUGGAGGUAGUACCUUAAGUGCAGGAAAUACAGCAUUUGGAGUUACAGCUCUGGACAAUUCCGCAAAUAAUGCAGGUUCCUUCCCUCAAAAUACCGGAAAAAUUAAUAAUGAAAUUAGAGGAGGUUUUGGUUUCUCAUCACAAGGCAGCAUAUCUGGAAAUACUGGAUUCGGUUUUACUUCCAAUGAAGGUACCACUGGCAUAGCAAAUAAUGGAAAUCUUGACACUGGCGUUACUCUCGACUCUUCUGAGUUCUUUGACAAAAAUUUACAUGAAUCCGGUCCACAUAUAUCACCUUUUCCAAUUAUUCCAGCAACUUCAUUAAAUAUUUCUCACGAAGAAAGAGGAUCACAACAUCAAAGUGGGUUCUCUGGCGGUUUUCAAGGAGCAGUCACAACACGUCCGUUAACAUCGGUUCCUCAACCAUUUAAUCACAAUGAGGAAAAGGAAGAAGUUUUUAACGAAUUCCAUACUCGUCGACCAUUUAAUCAACCGGAUUUUAAUGAGGAAUUUUUUAAUGAAUUACCUAGUACACGUCUACCUACAACAAAAACAAAAUCCACAACAACAACAACUACAACCACGCCACGGCCCUUCGAAUUUUCGCCUCAUAUUCCAGAAUUACCUGCCGUAAACGACUUAAUAGAACAACCUCAACCUGUGCAAAAUUUUAUUAACAAUCCUCCUCGACCUGUGCAAGAUUUUGGAAAUAAUCUUCCACAACCUGUCCAAGACUUUAGAAACAAUCCACCCCAACCCGUGCAAGAUUUUAGAAACAAUCCUCCUCAGCAAUUACCAAAUGUUAAUCAACUAUCUGUCGAUUCACCUCAGGUACCAAUUCUGUCUGGACAGAGUCUUGAAGAGGUUAUAGAACAAGAAUGGAAUUCUUUUACAACCAGAUUUAAUAAAGUGUAUGCCAACCAAGAAGAAGCAAGAUACAGGCGAGAAGUUUUCAUCGAAAACAGAGCAAAAAUUAUGCGCUUUAAUAUGGAGUACGCAGAAGGAAGAAGAAACUUUGUUCACAAAAUUAACGAAUUUGCCGAUAUGCUGCUGCACGAAUUUAAUAACAACUUUAACGGAUUCAAUAGAAGUAGACGGGAACCAGAUGUACCUUUGAAACCAGCUACAACAUUUGUCCCGAGUGCAAAUGUUGUUUUCCCGGACAGUGUCGACUGGAGAAUGAUAGGAGCUGUGAGUCCGGUUAAAAGUCAAGGAAAGUGCGCAGGUUGUUGGGCGUUUGCUGCGGCCGGAGCGUUAGAGGCUCACACCUUCAGGAAAACUGGAAAGUUAGUCGAAAUCAGCGCCCAAAAUUUGAUUGAUUGCACACAACCGUAUGGAAAUAAUGGAUGUGCGGGUGGACUAAUGGAUCCUGCAUUCGAAUAUGUAAGAGAUAACAAUGGUGUCGACUCAGAAAAAUCGUAUCCUUAUGAAGGAGUGAAUGGAGAGUGCCGAUUUAGAAGAGAGAAUGUGGUUGCGACAUGCACUGGUUUUGUGGACAUAGGAGAGAACGACGAAAAAGGUUUGGAAAUUGCUCUAGCAACUUUAGGUCCAGUUACAGCUGCAAUCGAUGCCGGUAAGGAGACUUUCCAGUUUUACUCAGAGGGAAUAUACGAUGAUCCAGCUUGCGGAAAUACACCCGAACAAAUGAACCACGCAGUUCUAGUAGUCGGAUACGGUCAAGAAGCCGACGGUAGAAAAUACUGGCUGGUGAAAAAUUCAUACGGUCCCAACUGGGGUAUAGGAGGAUAUGUAAAGAUAGCUAAGGAAAAUAAUAACCAAUGUGGUAUUGCCAUUCAAGCUAGUUAUCCGCUAGUGUAA